AUGCAAAAUUCUGCAGAACUGCAAACUCUCAAACGAGUCUCCAAAUUGAAAACAUUGUAUCUUUUCCCGGGCUUCGUUGGCCACUUGAAAUGUUCCCAGCAGAAGUUACCAAAAGUUGCAGUGGCUCAUCAUGACUUGGAGAACACCCUGAACUGCAGCUUCAUUGAACCUCCUUCUGUGGUCGAUCAGCCAUCACCCUCUUGGUCAUCCAGGGGCUCCUUCUCUUCCUUCGACACCACGGAUGAAGGACCCGUCUACUGCGUGCCCCACGAAGAGAGCGAUCCCAAGGAGCGCGUCUCGGCCCCGAGCAGCACCCUGGAGAAGGCCGCGCAGCCGCUGCGCAAGGGCCCGGCGGUGGCGGCCGCGGCGGAGGAGGAGGCGGGCGAGUACACCGUCCUGAAGGAGAGCCCCCCGGGCCCGGCGGACGGCGGCGAGGCGCCCCUGCUCAAGUCCUCGGACAGCGAGCGCUCUUCCUGCGGCUCCGGCUCGGUCAGCGGCGCGCUCUACGCCCGCAUCGCGCGCCUCUCCAAGCAGUCCCGGGAGGAGGAGGACGCCCCGGCGGCCAAGCCCCCGUCCCCGGAGCGGGCCAAGCCGCCCCCGCCGGACCCCUCCACCAAGCCCAAAGUCUCCUGGAUCCACCACAAGUACAACGCGGCCCAGAGCAACUCCCUGCCGGCCGCGGCCGAGCUGCAAGCGGAGCGCCGGCCCGGCCCCUCCAAGCGCAAGAGGAGCCCCGGCGAGGCCGCGAGGGCCAAGGACAGGGCCCCCAAGCCCCCCCAGGAGCCCGGCAGCCCGGAGGGCCCACCCGGCCCCGCUCAGGUCAGGCAGCGCAGCCGGACCGGGCCGGAGCCCGCGGAGAACCUCAACGGCGCCCUGCACUCCGCGCUCAAGAGGAUGGGGGCCCCGGCGGCGGAGAGGCGGCCGGCCGAGGCGCCCCGGAGCCCCGCGCAGCCCAAAGCGCCGCCCGGCUUCUCCUCCGAAGCCGCCACGCUGCUGGCCGCGCAGCUGAAGGAAAAGACCCAGAGCCUCCAGCGGGGCGAGGCGGGGGCGCGGCCCAACGGCAUGAGCCCCCUCCCGGCCCAGCGGGAGAAGCCGGCGCCCCCGCAGAAGGCCAAGCAGGCGGGCGCCGCCCCCGCCGGGCAGAAGGCCGGCAAGCCCCUGCUGCCCACCUCCGCCCCGCUGCAGAAACUGCUGGGGCCCGACGCCGCCGCCGCCGAGCCCAAGAGCGGGGAGAAGCAGACCGCAGCUGGCGGCAGCCCCGAGCCGACCCCCGCGCCCAAGAAAACGCCCAUCAAGAAGCCGCCGCGCAAGAAGGGCCGGGAGGGGGCCGCCGAGCCGCCCAAGGGAGCCGCCGCCCCGCCGCAGACUGUGCAAUAGGGGAGGGGGAAGCCGGACCUGUCCCGGGGCCAGCGGAGACCCCGCCCCACAGAGAUCCAGGGCCUCUCUUUGGAUGGCCGCCCCCUGGGAUGGGUCGCGAGGCUUUGGGGGACCCAGCGCUGGCGCUGGGCUCUGGCGGGGGGGGGGGGGGCUUUCUUUAAACCGCCGUUGUAACUGCAUAGAUCCGCUUCUCUCCCUCGACCUCCGGGGAGACCCUCGCGGGCCUGGGGAAGGGUGCCUUGGGGUGGGUUCCGGGCAGGGAGGGGGCUGAGGCUGGGCUGUUGGGGGUCAGCAGGACUGGGCCUUUUCUUGGAGGAGGGGUAGCUGCCUUGACUCUGGGGGCCCACAAUUCCUGGGAAGCGAGGGCAGACUCUGCAGGAAGAGGGAAGGGGCUGCUGCCAGCUGACCUGCAGGCUGUGAUCAGAACAGACCUGGUUUGGGCCCUUCCCAGCAGCCAGGCCGUGGGCUCAGUUCCCCAGGCACCUCCACUGCCUCCGACCAGCCUCCUGGAAUAUCCCAUGCAGCAGCCUCCAUCUUCUUCCUCCUCCUCCUCCUCCUCCUCCUCUUUGGAGCCAGGUGGGGGCAGCAGGGAAGAGGCUUUAAAGGCCAGCAUGGCUCCACCUGGUGUUUCCUUCCUCAAAUAAAAGGAUGGUA